UGCAAUUGAAAGGAAAGCGAGGCCUCUCUUCGUGAGGGGCGAGAUAAUAAAUAUUAGUUGGCCCAGGGUUUAAGACGCAAAAGGUUAACCGACGCCGGCCGGAGUUUUCUUUAAAAGAGAACGCGGAAGAGACGGAGAGAGAGAGAGCACGAAUCUUGGGGUCGAUUGGACGGUGCUCAUCCUCGUGAUCGAGAUAUUCUGGAGUUAAUUCUCCAUUCAGCCAUCUGGCAGUAGCCCUACAGGCUAAAAACCAAACCCUAAACGAAAGUAGUCCAUGCAUUAAUUUGUCAGAAUUGAAACCCACAAACAUUAGGCAUCAGCAUGAUUUGUUCUGUUAAAUUGAGCUGAAAGAAACCCUAACAACAGAAGUAGAAUCAGAAGGAAAAGAAAACAAAGAAGUGAGUAAUGGCUAGAGAGGGGAGGAGAAGGGAGCGGCUCCGAUGGAGCAAGCUCUAUUCUUUCUCUUGUGUUCGUCCUUCGGUUCUCUCUGACUUAGAACCCCCUCAAUCCCUCCAAGGACCCGGCUUUUCACGUACAGUCUACUGUAACCAACCCCGCAUUCACCGAAUAAAACCUCUCAAAUACCCAACAAAUUAUAUCUCCACUACAAAGUAUAAUAUCAUCACGUUCCUCCCCAAAGCCAUUUUUGAACAAUUCAGAAGAGUAGCCAAUAUCUACUUCCUUUUGGCUUCAAUCCUCUCCCUUACUCCCGUUUCCCCCUUCUCUCCCGUUAGUAUGAUUGCGCCGUUGGCUUUUGUUGUUGGGCUUAGUAUGGCUAAGGAGGCAUUGGAAGAUUGGCGGAGGUUUAUGCAAGAUAUGAAGGUUAAUAUACGGAAGGUUAGUGUUCAUAAGAGGGAGGGAAGAUUUUGUUACAAACAUUGGCAGAAGAUUCGGGUAGGGGAUAUUGUGAAGGUGGAGAAGGAUCAGUUUUUCCCUGCUGAUUUGUUGCUCUUGUCAUCAAGCUAUGAAGAUGGGAUUUGUUAUGUGGAGACUAUGAAUUUGGAUGGUGAAACGAAUUUGAAGGUUAAGAGGUCUUUGGAGGUGACUUUGCCUUUGGAAGAUGAUGAAGCUUUCAAAGAUUUUUCGGCUACUAUCCGGUGUGAAGAUCCGAAUCCUAACCUUUACACAUUUGUGGGGAAUUUCGAAUAUGAGCGCCAGGUUUAUGCACUUGAUCCUAAUCAGAUCCUCCUCAGAGAUUCAAAGCUUCGGAAUACUACUUAUAUCUAUGGAGUUGUUAUUUUUACUGGUCAUGACACCAAAGUGAUGCAAAACGCAACAGAGUCUCCUUCUAAAAGAAGCACAAUUGAAAAAAAGAUGGACAAGAUCAUAUACAUCCUGUUUACAAUUCUUGUGUUGAUCUCAGUGAUGAGCUCAAUUGGUUUUGCUGUGAAGACAAAAUAUUUUAUGCCAGAAUGGUGGUACAUGCAACCAGAGAGUUCAGACAGGUUCUAUAACCCAUCAUCGGCUGGCCUAUCAGGCAUUUAUCAUCUAGUGACGGCUCUUAUCAUGUAUGGAUACCUAAUUCCUGUUUCACUUUAUGUGUCUAUUGAAGUAGUCAAAGUUUUACAAGCCAUGUUCAUCAAUCAUGAUUUACAAAUGUAUGAUGAGGAGUCAGGGAAUCCUGCACAAGCCCGGACCUCAAAUUUGAAUGAGGAGCUUGGGCAGGUGGAUACAAUUUUAUCAGAUAAAACUGGAACUUUGACUUGUAAUCAGAUGGAUUUCUUGAAGUGUUCCAUUGCUGGGGUUUCCUAUGGUGUGGGUUCUAGUGAAGUGGAGCUUGCUGCAGCAAAGCAGAUGGCUUCAGAAGCUUCCAAUGCGCAGCAUCGCAACAGCAGAGAAUUGUGGGGGGAUACUGAAGGUACUCCCCAAGCAUCAGAAAUUGAACUGGAAAGUGAUUUUGUUGUUUCAGAAAAAACGGAGAAGCCAGCAAUCAAAGGGUUCAGCUUUGAGGAUGACCGUCUCAUGCAUGGUAAUUGGACAAAAGAGCCAAAUGCUGGCACCAUUAUUUUGUUCUUCAGGAUUCUUGCACUCUGCCACACAGCAAUCCCUGAGCCAAACGAGGAAACAGGCAACUUUAACUAUGAAGCAGAGUCACCAGAUGAAGGGGCUUUUCUUGUCGCAGCGCGUGAAUUUGGGUUUGAAUUCUGUAAGAGGACUCAGUCUAGUGUCUUCAUCCGAGAAAGGAUCCCUCCUUCUGCUGACCCUGUUGAAAGGGAGUUCAAGAUUCUCAAUUUACUAGAAUUCAGCAGCAAAAGGAAGAGAAUGUCAGUAGUUGUGCGAGAUGAAACUGGGCAGAUUUUUCUUCUAUGCAAAGGUGCCGAUAGUAUUAUAUUAGAAAGACUUUCAAAAAAUGGAAGAAACUAUGAGGCUGAUACAACUAGGCACCUAAAUGAAUAUGGGGAAGCAGGACUGCGGACACUGGCACUAGCAUACAAGAAGCUCGAAGAGCCUGAGUAUUCAGCUUGGAACACUGAGUUCCUUAAAGCAAAGACUACCAUAGGCCCUGAUAGAGAAGCACGACUUGAACGAGUUGCUGAUAUGAUUGAGAAGGAUUUAGUUCUUGUUGGUGCAACAGCAGUUGAGGAUAAAUUACAGAAAGGAGUUCCUCAGUGCAUUGAUAAGUUAGCACAAGCUGGUUUAAAAAUCUGGGUUUUAACCGGUGAUAAAAUGGAAACCGCGAUAAAUAUAGGAUUUGCUUGCAGUUUACUUAGACAAGGCAUGAGACAAAUAUGUUUGUCCGCAUUAAACACUGAUCGGAUAGCAGAAGAUGCCAAGCAGGCUAUAAGGGAGAAUAUGUUGAUGCAAAUCACAAAUGCUUCUCAAAUGAUCAAGCUCGAAAAGGAUCCUCAUGCUGCUUUUGCUUUAAUUAUUGAUGGCAAAGCUUUAGCAUAUGCUUUGGAGGAUGAUAUGGCUCGUCAGUUCUUGAAUUUAGCAGUGGAUUGUGCUUCUGUGAUAUGCUGCCGGGUCUCUCCAAAGCAGAAAGCACUGGUCACUAGGCUAGUAAAAGAAGGAACUGGGAAAACUACAUUAGCAAUUGGUGAUGGGGCUAAUGAUGUCGGUAUGAUUCAGGAGGCUGAUAUAGGUGUCGGUAUCAGUGGUGUGGAAGGAAUGCAGGCUGUAAUGGCUAGUGACUUCUCUAUAGCACAGUUUCGGUUUCUAGAGCGGCUUCUUAUUGUUCAUGGACAUUGGUGCUAUAAGAGGAUCGCCCAGAUGGUCUGCUAUUUCUUCUACAAGAAUAUAGCCUUUGGCCUCACAAUAUUCUAUUUUGAGGCAUAUACAAGUUUUUCUGGUCAAUCUGUAUAUGACGACUGGUACAUGUUAUUAUUCAAUGUUGUCCUCACCUCCUUGCCUGUUAUAUCGCUUGGAGUCUUUGAGCAAGAUGUUUCUUCAGAGGUCUGCUUGCAGUUCCCAGCCUUAUACCAACAAGGCCCCAAAAACCUAUUCUUCGACUGGUACAGGAUCUUCGGCUGGAUGGCAAAUGGCCUCUACUCCUCCCUCAUUAUCUUCUUCCUCACCAUCAACAUUUUCUACGAUCAAGCCUUCCGGAAACAAGGUCAGAUUGCUGACAUGGCCACAGUGGGGACCACCAUGUUCACAUGCAUAAUAUGCGCAGUUAAUGUCCAAAUCGCCCUCAUCAUGAGCCACUUCACUUGGAUCCAACAUCUCUUUGUUUGGGGGAGCAUUUCUACGUGGUAUCUCUUCCUCUUAGCCUAUGGACUCUCAUCGCCACAUACAUCUGGAAAUGCUUAUCAAAUACUUGUCGAAGUUUUAGCUCCGGCUCCAAUUUAUUGGAUUGUUACGAUUUUGGUGACUGCUUCGUGCAAUAUUCCGUAUCUUGCACAUAUUUCAUAUCAGAGAAUACGAAAUCCCAUGGAUCAUCAUGUGAUUCAAGAGAUUAAGUAUUGUAGGAAGGAUGUUGAGGAUCAACCUAUGUGGAAGAGGGAGAGCUCUAAAGCGAGGCAGGAGACUAAAAUUGGGUUUUCUGCGAGGGUUGAUGAGAAAAUUAGACAGUUGAAAGGGAGGUUGCAUAAGAAAGUUUCUUCAUUGACGGUUCAAACUGUAUAAUGAUGUAUUUUCUUGCUUGUGAUUUUUUUAUUUUUUAAUAUAUAUAUAU